CGCGCGCUCCCGCCCGCCUGCCGUUUCCUAGCCCGAGUCUGUGAUUGGUGCAGGCCUCGGACCUGGCGGACCUCGAAUGCCAGGCCCCGAAAACUGGCAGGCGAGGCGGCCGAGCGUCCUCCGGCCUACACCCCCGCUCGGCCCCGAGCCCGCCCGGCGAAGUUUGUGAAUGAGACUCAAUGAUUAUGGAUCCAGGUGGUGGAAGUCUUGGUUUGCAGACACAGGAAUCCAAAAUGCCUCACACAAUGAUUAUGCAGGAUUUUGUGGCUGGAAUGGCUGGUACCGCUCAUAUUGAUGGAGAUCACAUUGUGGUGUCAGUCCCUGAAGCUGUACUGGUUUCAGAUGUGGUCACAGAUGAUGGGAUCACCCUUGAUCAUGGCUUGGCAGCUGAAGUUGUCCAAGGACCUGAUAUCAUAACUGAAACUGACGUUGUGACAGAAGGCGUGAUAGUACCUGAAUCUGUCCUGGAAGCGGAUGUCGCUAUUGAAGAAGCAUUAGAUACCAGUGAUCACGUUUUAACUUCCGAUUUAAUCACCGAAACUGUUAGAGUGCCUGAUCAGGUUUUCGUGGCUGAUCUUGUUACGGGUCCUGAUGGACACUUGGAACAUGUGGUGCAAGAUUCGGUAUCGGGACCUGAUUCCCCCACAAUGGUAUCCGAAGAAGUUCUUGUGACAAAUUCAGAUACCGAAACUGUGAUUCAAGCAGCCGGCACCGUUCCCGGAUCCACAGUUACCAUCAAGACUGAGGAUGAUGACGAUAGCAAGAGCACAUCUGAAGACUAUUUAAUGAUAUCUUUGGAUGAUGUUGGGGAAAAAUUAGACCACAUUGGAAACACUCCUCUAAAAAUCAGCACUGAGGUUUCACAUGGUGAUGUAUCUAAAGAUGAUGGGUUUGGCUCUGAAGUUAUUAAAGUUUACAUUUUUAAAGCCGAAGCGGAGGAUGAUGUAGAAAUAGGCUGUGCUGAAAUAGCAGAUGAAGUUUACAUGGAAGUAAUUGUUGGUGAAGAGGAAGCCUCCUCACUCCCCGAUGCACAGCUUGAAGAUGCUGGUGUGAAUAAAACGUUUGUUCCAGUUGCCUGGGCUGCCGCUUAUGGGGAUGAUAGAAGACUUCCAAGGAAAUAUGAAGACUGUCAAACACCAGGAACAAACUUAGAUGCACGAUUGGAGAACAAGAAUGGUAACACAACUCAGUAUCUCCAAAUCUGUGACAGUAUUAAUACGAACAGAUUGCUUAAGCAGAAGACCAAGAAAAGGAGAAGAGGUGAAGCUCGCCAAUGGCAAACAGCUGUUAUAAUAGGUCCCGACGGACAGCCCUUGACAGUCUACCCUUGUCACAUAUGUGGGAAAAAAUUCAAGUCCAGGGGAUUCUUGAAAAGGCAUAUGAAAAACCACCCAGAUCACAUGAUUAAGAAGAAAUACCAGUGCACAGACUGUGACUUCACAACCAACAAAAAAGUCAGCUUCCACAAUCACCUGGAAAGCCAUAAGCUGAUCAACAAAGGGGACAAAACGCACGAGUUCACAGAGUACACCAGGCGCUACCGAGAAGCCAGCCCAUUGAGCUCCAACAAGCUCAUCUUGCGCGAUAAAGAACCCAAACUCUACAAGUGCAAAUAUUGUGACUACGAAACCGCGGAGCAAGGCCUGCUGAACAGGCACCUGCUUGCGGUUCACAGCAAGAACUUCCCCCACGUUUGCGUGGAGUGCGGGAAAGGCUUCCGCCACCCUUCGGAGCUGAAAAAACACAUGCGGACCCACACGGGGGAGAAGCCUUACCAGUGCCAGCAUUGCGUCUUCCGUUGUGCGGAUCAGUCCAACCUGAAGACGCACAUCAAAACCAAGCACGGGACGGACCUGCCCUUCAAAUGCGAACACUGCCCGCAGGCCUUCCCCGACGAGAAGGAACUGCAGCAGCACACGGAACUCUUUCAGGGGCACAAGACGCACCAGUGCCCGCACUGCGACCACAAGAGCACCAACUCCAGCGACCUGAAGCGGCACAUCAUCUCCGUUCACACGAAGGACUUCCCUCACAAAUGCGAGGUCUGCGAGAAAGGUUUCCACCGUCCCUCGGAGCUCAAAAAGCACAGCGAGAGCCACAAGGGGAAAAAGAUUCACCAGUGUCGGCACUGCGAUUUUAAGACUUCCGACCCUUUUGUACUCAGUGGGCACAUCCUCUCCGUUCACACCAAGGACCUGCCUUUUAAAUGCAAACGGUGUAAGAGGGGAUUCCGGCAGCAGAUGGAACUCAAGAAGCACAUGAAGACGCACAGCGGGAGGAAAGUCUAUCAGUGUCAGUAUUGCGAGUACAGCACGACGGACGCCUCGGGCUUCAAGCGGCACGUCAUAUCGAUACACACAAAGGACUACCCUCACAGGUGCGAGUAUUGUAAAAAAGGCUUCCGGAGACCUUCGGAGAAAAACCAACACAUCAUGAGGCAUCACAAAGAGUCCCUCAUGUAGCAUCGGGUGCUGCGGGAAGACAAUGUGAUAGAUAGGGGAAGGAAACUCUCAUGAACUGUUUCUCCUGGUUUCAAAGCUUGAUCUUAAACCAUAACUUUGCAUUCUUUGUAUUAAAAGUCUUUAAAAAAAAAAAGUAUUACGGUCGACUGGGUAUCUCAUAGCCCUAUGAUUGUUGCUUAUAGGAACCUAACGAGCACUAUAAACGCGGAGAGAUGAAUGUUUUGAAGAAGCUGCAGAGACCUUGAAUGUCUUCUGUUAAUUAGAAAGCGUUACACGUUAUGAAGCGAAAGAAAUAUUAAGUCCAUUCCCGUAACUCUUUAUAUCAAUAACGCCAUUUGUCACCUUAACGAAAACCAGAAGUUCUUUCAAAGUGUUUUGCUGGAACAAAUUAUACCACACGCAGUUUCGAACAGUGAAGUUAGAUAGAAGUCAGUCAUGUAGUCCUUACAUUUUUUUUUAAAAUUAAAGAAAAUUGUGCUGGGACAUAGUAUUCGAGAAAUGGGUCAAAUUUUAAGAUCUGUCCUUUUUUUCCUUUUGUUUUUUAUUUUAAAGCAAUCGUAACAUUUCAUUACGUAAACCUUUUAGUUUUCCUCCCUUUCGUCGUUGAAUGAGCAAUUUCCAAAGUUUUCUUUCAGAGCUGCUAACCUUUUUUACUACAGGAUAUCGUGUUGAAAAAUACAGCAUUAUGUUUUCCGAGAUCAAAAGUUUGGUGCUAGGGACCGAGAACAUGUAUGUACAUAAUUUCCCUUUUUACCUGAAACUACAGCUGAAUGUUUAAUACGGCACAUGUAUUACGAUGACAAGUAACUUUUGACCAAUGUUAUUUUUUAAAAAAAGAAGUUAAAAAAAACCCUGAUAGAUGCAGUUAUGGGGCACUGCUUUUUCUUUUCUUGUGAUUUCACAACCGUCUUUAAGAGAGUAUCAAGGUAGAAAGACACCAGCUGUUGGAAAAUCCUAGAGAAUCUUUCAAAAGCAGUGUUUCUAGUGAGUCAGCAUCCAUGGCCCUGACUUGCUAUUAAUCUUUAUUUUUUAAACGAAAUCAUUAUAGAAACGAAAAUUGCACCUUUUAAAAGAAUUCAUACGAAGCGUAUACCAUGCUAUAAAACUUGCAUUCUCAAUCUGUAUGGAAGUUAUGUAUGCAGUAUUUAACCCGAACAGUAAACUGCCACUUGGGGGCAGAAACGGAUUUUCAGUUUACAGUGUAUACAUUUGAAAUACGCAUCCCUUUAAACAAUGCUUUGUGUUAGCAUGCUGCAAAAAUGCCGCUUAAUAUAACAAGCUGGUCUAGGGCUAUUUAAUAAUUUAAAAAAAAAAAAACCCUUCAGAAAUGUUAUACAUGCGUGUCCUUUUUUAAAUAAAAACGUUUUAAGUUGCUUCAUGUUUGCACACAGCUGUUCACAUGAUAAAAUUGUAACUUUUAAUUCAUUCAUGCUACUAUAUUGUGGUUUUGUGUUUCAGAUAAUGUUCAUACUUUGUUUUUGCACCAGAUGAGAAUCAGUUCCUUGAGAAAUAAUUUUUUUAUAUAUAUAUAUUUCCAACCUUCGGAAAGUUAACUUUGGGAAACCAUAGGAAACUACUUGUGUUUUAUGUGGCUGUAUAAAUGAUGUACACGCUGUAAAAUAAGAUUGUCACUGUUACGUGGGAUUAUUAUUUUAAAAUGUGUUACUCAUUGUAAUGAGCAUACAAUAAAAUGCAUCUCUUGCACUCCAAA